CUUUGCGUCUUUCGCUUAUUUUUAUUAUUUCUUGCCCCAAUUUGGCCAAUCGAAAAUGCACAAGACGCCGAUGCAGCUGCUGCCGCCCUCUUUGCCAGAGACCGGGGCCGAGACCGAGACAAAUAAGCAGGCACAGGCAGAGACGCAGAUGCAGACGCAGCCACAGACAGACGCCGGCGCACUGCCGCCGGCCAGAGCGUAUUCCCAAAAGCAGCUCAAAGAGUAAGCACCGCACAAAAUCCAUUUUUCACGUGGCGCUUGAGCCAGCCUCAGCCUCCAGUCAGCCAGCCAGACAAACAAACUCACAUUCUCGCCGAAGGCCCAUUUUUUGAGAGGCAGUGUUGUAGGAUAUGCAGCCUGGAGCGGACGCUCACCGACCGACGCGCCAGAAUCGAGUUUCUGCAAAAGGCCACCGAGGCAGCGCUGAUGCGAGCGCAGCGGGUCAGCCGGCUGCGGCAGCAGAUAGACACACAGCGCAAGCGCGUGGGUCUCCAGAAGCAGCGGCUCGAGGACAAGACCAGGCACGUCGAGCGGGCCGCGCACCUGCUCGAGAUAGCGCUCGCGCAGCACGCGCAGGCCAAGGGCGCCAUUGUAGCGGCCAGGAGGGACGCCCUGGCGGUGGCCGGCCAGGUGUCGCGCCAGGCCGUGGUCUUGCGGCAGGACCGCAUUAUCUUCGAGGACCUGCGCGCAAUGCUGGCGAGGCAGCGCGCCCUGGCGGUCGGCGACCUGGCCGAGGCGUUUCCGGUCGAGAUGGCGAUGGACGAGGCCGACUGGACAAUAUGCGGGCUGCGCGUCAGCAGCGCCGAGGGCGUCCGCGGGUGGCAGGCCAGCGAGGAGACGGCAGCGGCGCUGGGGCUGGUCACUCGGCUGCUGGACGCCCUGGCGAGGUACUUGUGUGUGCCGCUGCGCUUCCCCGUGGUGCCUCGCGGAUCGCGGUCGGCCGUGUGCUGCCUGUUCUCGGGGUCCGUCGAGUGGUGGCCGCUGUUCAUGCUGCGCGCCGCUGACCGGCCUCGCCUGCACACGGCGCUCAGGCUGCUGGCCGUCGACAUCGAGCAGCUGCUGUGCCAGCACGGCAUGGAGUCGGUCGAUCCCGAGAGAAAGAGGCGCCAACUGUCGCUGCUGCCGAACCUCACGCAGCUGCUGAUGGCCAUUGAAACAAGCUCAUUUGCCCAGUAGCAGCACUGUUUUUAUCAGCCACCCAAUGUAAUCAAUACAAAGGACGCAUACUCAGCAUCUCAGCUUGAAAGAAGAGAAAAGUUGCGCUGGGUGGCGGGGUGGGUGGCGUGAUGGUUUUUUUUGAAGAAAACGCAAGUAUCAAGUAUCAAGCAAGUAUCAAGAGUACCAUACAAUGCAAUGGUUCCAUUUUCGACCUUGAAGUUUUUUUCCACGCGCGUUUCCUGCCCCCCUUGUCUUCGCCGG